UGGUUCUGGUUCCGGUCCAGUCUGGUUCCAGUUCCGGUCCAGCCUGGUUCUGCUCAGUACCUGUCUCUCUCUGUCUCGCUCUUCAGGUACUACAGUGACAUCCACAGCGCCGCAUCAGGAUGCUACCAGGAGAUGAACUCCACUCUGACGGAGCUGUCCGGGAGCUUCGCCUCAGAGAUGAACAGCCUCGUUGCUCUUCAUGAACUCUACAAAUACAUCAACAAAUAUUACGACCAGGUCAUCAUGUCCCUGGAGGAGGACACGUCAGGUCAGAAGAUGCAGCUGGCUUAUCGGCUGCAGCAGGUCGCCGCCCUGGUGGAGAACAAAGUCACUGACCUCUGACCUGCGAGUCCUGAGGAAGAGGAGAGAUAGCGAAGCUGAUUGGACGGCUGCCGCCAGUCUGUCUGCGUGGGGGACGCCCAGUCUUUCAUAAUCGGUCUUCCGGUUCCCUCACACGGUGGCGGCCGCCAUCUUACGACAAUCCAACCAAUCAGGGAACGCCGUCGCCACCUGCUGCCUUGCACUACAAUUCCCAGAGUUCUUUGCUGUCUGAGUCUAAAAGCACAACUUCAAUAGUUUCUUCUGUGUUUGUAUUGGUUCUGACAUGAAACCUGCUGUUUUCUAUGUUUUUCUACUGAAACCAGGGGAUUGGACUCUGAACGGCCAGAACCAAAAGUUCUGGUGCUGCUGGGCGUUUCUGAACGCAAUAAUCUGAAUCAGGGAGCGUUUUCAUCUGACCCGGUUCUGCAGAGGUUUUGGACUCGGACCUCAGGUCGAACUGCGGCGGUGAGAAGGGAAACCUGUCCGGAUGUUGGCGCGCACUUCGCCGCUCCUCAGUGCAAGUCACCUGG